GAGAAGAAGACGGCGUUUAUACUACGAUGGGAGCAACUGUCAUCGUUCGUUUAGCCAUCGACAUAUUUUUAUUUAUUAGUAUUAUUAGAAAUUCGUCUGCUCAAACAUGCCAAACUGGCGAUUGCACAUAUGGUGAGUGGGGAUCUUGGUCAUUUUGUGUGUGCAAUAUAUGUGAUGAUACGGGCGAUUACAAGCGUGAAUGUAUUCGGCGACGUUCGAUUCUAAGUGGACCGGAUGGGUGUGAUUGCGGGGCAACAUUUCAGUUACAAUGUGGUGACAUAUGUUGUAAUCCACGGUGUCCAACUACAAAUUGGUCAGAAUGGAGUGCAUGUCCUAGCCAGUGUGACGUAAACGCGUACCAAAAUCGCACGCGCUCUGAGUAUCCUAAUGAGUGCUCUCAGGAUUGUGAGAAUCUUGUUGAGAAUCAGCUUUGUGCAUCCGCAGGGUGCUGCCCGGUUGACUGUCAUCUAUAUACUUGGAGUGAAUGGGGAGAAUGUUCUGUGAACUGUCAGAGCGAGAGCGGAAUCAAGACGCGUUCCCGAUCCUAUGUUCAAGCUACCUGUGGAGGAAAUGAAUGUUCCAGUAGCGACUAUACCGAAACAAGUGCUUGCCAGGGUCCAGAAAUGUGCGAUUCAGGGGCAGGUGAUGUUGGCAAUACCGGCGGUAUAGAUGACACUGAACACGAUGGCCACAGUAACAGCCUUAGUAGUGGUUGUGUAACAGGUACAUGGAGCAACUGGGGGUUUUGCCCGUCAGGAGACUCCCAGUAUCGAACUCGGUUUACGAUGUCUGGCGUAUGUGGUGGACAGUGUAGUGAGAGCGACGGCAUACAGUCUAGAGAAUAUCCGUGCCAAAUGCGAGAUUUUAGCAAAGUCACAUCAUCAGUCAUUAUCAGCGGAGAGUUGCAGAAAAACAAUCCAAAUACAUCGGUGAUUCUCUCAGAACUUGGACCACCUACCAACACAGAACGCCAAGAUAUCAAGACGUAUUAUAAAGUAGCAUAUGGCAGUGAACUUGUUGAUGAAUUACAAGGCACAAUACCUAAUUAUGCUGGGUUGGGAUGUCUGCUUUCGCUGCUGGAAUCUGCUGAAUAUUAUUCCGCCAAUGUAUUAAUACAUUCGAUUCAGAACCAUGACGAGAAUUUGAUAAGUCAAGUUUUGAUUCAAAAGACGAAUGACGAAAUUGAUAAGAUAAAUGAAGCAUAUACACAAUUGACUGGAAGAACAAUUGAUGCAGAUUUAGCAGACGUAUUUCAGAGUAACAAUGAACGACUUCUGAGAGCUCUUGCUGAGGGAGGUCGUGACGAGACUGGGGCUGUUGAUGAAUUACUUUUAGAUAGCGAUGUCUUAACCCUCAGAGAUUCUGUGCGUAAAAAUGCAGGGAACCCUCGAUUGGCGCAAAGUGUUCUGGCAACACGUGAUUUUGAACAUCUGAAGCAUGUUCUUCUCAAGUUCAAGGAGGUUUACUCGAGAAGAUUCAGAUACUUUCUUCAGCGGAAUAUCAAUGGUCCAGUAAUGCUUGCUUUCUUAAACAUUGCUCAAGCCGCAGAGGACCCUGUUUUAUAUUGCGUAAUACGGAUUCACGACGCCCUCUAUCCGUCUAGUGGAAGCGUAGAUGAGAACCUUCUCGUCAACACCAUCAUUGAUUGUGUCCGGAAUGACAUGUGUUUUGUGCGCGAUAAAUACUUUACACAAUAUGGCGUCGCACUUGCUGAAGACAUCAUUAGCAAUUAUGAUGGUGGAUGCCAAGAUGUGUUGCUUGCAGUAGUGAACUAAAUUUGCUAGUUCCCAGUCAACAGCCACAAUCAUCGAACUAAACGUUCAAUAUGAUUAUUAUAAUGACAAAUAUAUUAAUAAAUGACAGUCUUAACACCAGUAACAAUAAUGCAACUUAUCAAAA